UGCUGCUUCAUUGUUAUGUUGCAGCUGCCUAUCCACAGAGCAGUGAGUAGAAACACGGAAUCCAAAAACAGCAUCGAUUCGGAUCCCGGAAAAUACCACCUGCCAUGGAAGACGACCGAUCGGACAGUUCCGUGACUUCGAUCGAAGACGAUGACGAGGAGCGGACGGACAACACGGAAAACCUGUGCGAAAACCCGACCAGAGACAUCCUAACGGAGGGAUUUUUCCGCCUGUUCAAACCUGUGAUCGAUGAUCUGGAGAACAACAUCCGGGGGGCACGGAUGAACCAAGUGGAACUUCGCCAACAGCUGGACGAGCUGUCUGUGCAAAUGAAAAAUCUCAACUUUGAAAACGAUCCCCAGCUGCACGAUUAUUUCAAACGGAUGGUUCACAUCAAGCAGAAAGUGGUGGUGAUAAUGAACAUUUUGCAGGGAGCUCAGGAGCGCCUUGUGGCCAUAUGCCAGCAACAGGAACUAGCGGCACCUCCGCCCUUGGUUCAAGACAAAUAAACGUAAGCUGAUUCCUAAUUGAAUAUUACUGAACAAAUCUGUUAGCUUUAUGUAUUCCUUAAUUUAUUCCCUAUUUUAAUCAUCAUUAAAUGAAACAAACAAUAACACAUAACAAA